AUGCAAGUCAACGUGAGUCAAUGCACAGCGCAUGGGUAUGUGAGGGAUGUGCCGCACUUCCGAGCUGCUGCUCUGGCUGCAAUUCAGGGAGUGGGGCGCGAUCGCCUGGCAAUCGCCUGGCAUGUGUAUCAGCUGCUCAAGGGGGCUGUUGCUGAUAAAUCCCUUUACCCCUCUCCCAUUCUCCCCCCCUGUGCUUGCAGGUCCCAAGGAGUCGUGUUGGCCACCGAUGCGGACAGGGAGGGGGAGGCGAUUGCGUGGCACGUGUCCCAAGGAGUCGUGUUGGCAACAGACGCGGACAGGGAGGGGGAGGCCAUAGCGUGGCAUGUUUAUCAACUGCUCAAGGGGGCUGCUGCAGCAAGGAGGAGAGCAGAGGCGCAGCAGAGGGAGAAGGAGCAGCGGAGAGAGAAGAUGGUGCAACAGGCGGUUCUCCUGGAGCAGCAACUGGCAGCAGAGGCACAGGAGGCAGCAGAGGAGGGAGAAGCGGUGCUACAAGGUGCAGAGGGGUGGGAGGGAGAAUCCGAUCUUUUCCCCUCUGGAGCUGCUGCUACAGAGUCGAAUCUGUUGAGUCCCGAAGCAGAAGGAUUGGAGAGUUUAGAUGGAUCGGCGAGUGCCAAUGUUGCUGCUGCUGAUGGUGCUGUUGGUGGCGCGGUUGAGAUGCAAGGCGAAGGGUUGAAGCAGCAAGGAGGGGAGCAUGGAGAUGAGAAGGCAGCAGCAGGAGAAGUGGAGGGUGGGAUAAGGGACGGGGAGAGAGCACUGGCGGCGGCAAUGCUGGUGGAGGGGAGUGAGCUGCAGGUGCAGGGAGUGCAUCGCUCGCAGACCAGGCGGUCCCCUUCCCCUCCUUUCACCACUUCAUCAAUGCAGCAGGAGGCAUCGUCCAAGCUGGGAAUAAGGGACGGGGAGAGAGCACUGGCAGCGGCAAUGCUGGUGGAGGGGAGUGAGCUGCAGCAAGAGGCGGUGCAGCAAGGAGUGCAUCGCUCGCAGACCAGGCGGUCCCCCUCUCCCCUCUUCACCACAUCGUCUCUGCAGCAAGAGGCUUCUUCGAAACUGGGGCUCAGCCCCAGCAGAACCAUGUCGGUGGCCCAGCGGCUGUACGAGAGAGUGGCAGUGGGCCCCGAGGCUUCCCGAGUGCUUCAAGCACGGGGCAUCAAACCUCUCUUCCUGUUUUCUCUCCCUUACUCCACACCCCACCCCACCCUUCCAUUCCAGGUGGCCCAGCGGUUAUACGAGGGAGUGGCACUGGGCCCCGAGGCUUCCCGAGUGGCCCAGCGGUUGUUCGAGGGAGUGGCACUGGGCCCCGAGGCUUCCCGAGUGCUUCAAGCACGGGGCAUCAAACCUCUCUUCCUGCUUUCUCUCCCUUACUCCACACCCCACCCCACCCUUCCAUUCCAGGUGGCCCAGCGGUUAUACGAGGGAGUGGCACUGGGCCCCGAGGCUUCCCGAGUGCUGCAAGGGAAGGGCGCAGGCGGGACGAAGGGGGCGGGGCGGAAGGGGUCAGGAGGAGGAGGGGUGGUGACUGGGCUGAUCACGUACAUGCGCACAGACAGCGUUCAGGUAGCAGUGGACAUUGCAGCAUACCCCUUCGACCCCUCUCUGCUCUCCGCCUUCCCGUCGCAAGACCCUUCUGUUUCUGAGUCUCCUUCUCUCGACACGGCUGCUCCCUCCGCUUCUCCCCCGGCUGUUCUACGAGCCAACGCCUUUGCCAUUGCAUGGCCGGGCUUUCUCGCUGCAUACAGUGACUCGAGGACGCUGGGCUACCUGUCUGACCUGUCAGAAGGGAUAACCACAGAGCCGCCACCUGGCGAUGCCACGUCAGCGGAGGCUGACAGCACAGCCGCCACGUCAGACGUGUUCCAAGAAAUCAUGGCCCUUCAGGUGAUUGUGACCUUCAUUCCACUCCAGGGACCUUCAUUACUCACCUUCGUAGGUCAACUCUUCUGA